AUGGGAGUCUAUUCUACACGCGACAAUGGCGGUGGCGGAUACUCGGCCUCGUCGCUCCUCCCCUACGUGUCCAUCACCGGUCUUGGCCUCGUGGGUCUCUACAUGCUGUUGACAGGAUCAGGAGAGCAGUUUGCAGUUGGCGAGUUCCUCCUCAGCGUCAGUCCCUAUAUGUGGUCCCUCCUCGGUAUCUCUCUCUGCGUCGGUCUCUCUGUUGGUGGUGCCGCCUGGGGAAUCUUUAUUACUGGAGCAAGUUUAGUCGGAGCAGGAGUGCAUGCGCCAAGAAUCGUCACCAAGAACUUGAUCAGUAUUAUUUUCUGCGAGGUUGUUGCGAUUUACGGUCUGAUCAUGGCCAUCGUCUUCACCGCAAAGCUCAGCAGCAAAAACGACGCCAGCAUCACCUCCUCAGAGGCCUACUACAAGGGAUUUGCGUUGUUCUGGGCAGGAUUGACGACUGGACUGUGCAACUUGGUGUGCGGUGUCACGGUCGGAAUCAGCGGAAGCAGCGCCGCCUUGGCAGAUGCUCAGGACGGCCAGUUGUUUGUCAAGGUCCUCGUCAUUGAGAUCUUUGGCAGUAUCAUUGGUCUCUUUGGCCUCAUCGUCGGUCUCUUGGUCAGCGGAAAGGUCAAUUAA